AUGGGUAAUUCCCAGACAAAGGAAUCGCGAUCCGGUGCGCUUCGCCAGCAGGGCUCGUCUUCCGAUGCAUCCGGCGGUGGCCGAAACGUCUACCAAGCCACUCGCUCAGGGAGAAGCAGUCGUCCGGAUCUCUCGGUUCUGGGUUUCGGAAGCAGUCAUCGCGAGGAGCGUGAUGUAACCACGCUGGAGCAACGGCGGGAGACCAAGCAAGAGCGAGAGGCUCGUCGCCAGGAGAAGGAAAAUGCCGCUCGACUGAAGGAGCGCGAGCGCAGCAUGAACGAGGAGCAUGUGGAUGGAGGCUAUCUCGUGACACAAGGCGUCUACGUCGGCACGGAGGACUUUAACAAGGCGGUGGUUCGCCAACUCAUGAUCGAACGACGACUCGCGCCGUUCUGGAGAGGGUUGAAUGACUUUUCCGAGUCAUGGGCAGAGCACCAGAUCAUGGCUGCGGCUCGAGGGCUGCCGAUUCCCCCGCCCGAUGAGAUCCCGCCAGAGUUGGAGUACUCCCCGCCCAAGGUCGGCAACACGAAACCGUCGGGCGACAGCAACAUUCAACAUCUCACCGUACCCAUUACCUCUCGGUCACAGUCUCUCAAUUCAGACGUCUCGCAGAAUUCCAACGCCAAUGGUUCUCUACCCACCGCGGCUCCGUCUGGGACAUCCACCUCGCCCUUCUUUCGAACUCGCGCAAAGACACUCGCCGCGCUGUCGAGUUCCUCCCGCCAUGGCUCCCAGACUGAUCUGACACCUCGGGAAAUUCAGCUCCCUAAGGAUCCCUUUGUGAAUGGGCAGCCCCUCGAGGUCUACUUGUACAAAGAUGCGACGGAGUGCCCCAUCUGCUUUCUAUACUAUCCUCCAUAUCUCAACCGAACCCGAUGCUGUGACCAGCCCAUCUGUUCGGAAUGUUUCGUGCAAAUCAAGCGCCCCGAUCCGCAUCCCCCCGAGCACGAACAACCCAACGCCGAUGCGCCACCCCCUGCUGAGGGUGCCGCGCCAGCAGCGGACUCAGGUGAGGGGCAACUGGUUUCCGAGCCCUCAUCUUGUCCCUUUUGCGUGCAGCCCGAGUUUGGAGUCACUUACGCCGCGCCACCGUUCCGCCGAGGGUUGGUAUAUGCCACCGAUUUGGCCACGCGCCCUUCCCCCAAUGUCGUCUCUCCCGUUUCUUCUACUACUUCUCUGACCUCGGCCAAUGCGCUCCCAAUCCCCGGUCGACGACGCGCCACGUCUUUGUCCGCAACCGAUCCAGGUGUUGUAACGACCGACCGGGUACGCCCGGACUGGGCCCAGAAGCUUGCCAACGCCCGUGCUCAUGCCGCUCGACGAUCGGCCGCUGCCACAGCCCUGCACACGGCGGCGUAUCUCAUGAAUGCCACACCGUCCGGCAGCGGCACCGGCAAUGAUUCUCGUGGCCUUGGUCUGAGCCGACGAGGGUUGCGGAGAGCAACCCAUGGAGACGCCGGCCGGUCCGGGUCCCCAGCUCUCAAUGCCCUUGCCUUCCUGGGCGAACGUUCUGAUCGAACGCCACCCAGAGGCCCCGCGGCAGAGACCGACUCGACAGAGGAAGGACAGAACAAUCCAGCCACGACCAGAGAAACUGCACGUCGCAGUCGCAUUGACGAUUUGGAAGAAAUGAUGAUGAUGGAGGCUAUUCGUUUGAGUCUCGCGAGUGAGGAGGAUCGACGGAGGCGGGAAGAGAAGGAAAUUCGAAAGGAGGCCAAGCGCAGGGAGAAGGAGAAGGAGAAGGAGGCUAAGAAGGCUGAAAAGGCAGCUCGCAAGAACGGUUUAUACAGCAACAAUGCCAGUGCGUUAGCAUUGGGGAUUCAAGCGGAUCCGGCAACGAGCAAAACCAGUAGUGCCUCAUCUGUUGCGGAGCAGUCCUCCUCGGUAGGUAAAGGCAAGGCCGUUGAUCGUUCGUCGCCAGGACCCGCUGCUGCUGCUGCUGCUGCUACCACGUCGACUCCGUCCACCUCUUCCAGUCCGGCCGAUCAAAGCCUGAUACCCCCGAACGCUAUAAGCACCGCGGACUUGUCAAAGCCCUCUCAUCUUCGCCAAGUGUCUAGUGCCUCUUCGUCAAUAUCUUCCCUGACAGAGGGUGUCCCCGGUGACAUGGACGUUAGCCCCGCCGGUGCUGAUGGCGCCAAUCCUUCCCUUGAACCAAUGUUCAACUUUCGCAGUUUGGCGGCCGUGAUUGACGAUGAUGAGAAGAGCCAAUCUGCUGAACAUGUUGAAGACGCUGCAGCGCCGGGAGCGGAAGGUUCCUCGAGCCAGGCUCCUUCUGUUCAUCACGAGCUGACGGACGCCCAACCGGCUGACCCGACCAACAUCGAUUCUUCUACGAUCGACGCGCACGGUUCCCCGAGUGAGGCAAUGCCUAAAGAACUCGAGACUCGAUCAGUGGAGAUACUUCAGAACACGAAUAGGGAGACAGCGCCCUAA